CCCCGCCUCUCUCUUCGCUCGCGCUUUCCCCCCUCUCUUUCCUUUUUCGGCCCCUCCCCCCACACUCCAUCUCGAGCAUGUCCGUCGGUAGGCUCCGGUUCAAGGGUGACAAGAAAGCCCGCAAGGCCAAAGACCGCGAGGGCGAUGGCCCUCCGGGCGCCGCGCCGACCCGCAAGUCCAAGCGUCCGGAUGAGGACGAGUCGGUAGAGGGCUGGGUCCCGGCCGAGCGCCUGGAGGACCUCGGGGGCCCGAUCUACCUGGUGCACUACCGGUCAUCCGGGUCCGGCCUUGCGGAGCGCCUCUGCCUGGCCGUGGACGAGGACGACUCGAUUGUCCUGAAGCGCGCCAUCCCGCUGCCGGAUGGAAGUGACGAGCCGGAUGAUGUUUCCAAGGUCUUUGUGGCCAUGAGCAUGUCCCCGGGGACGGUCCUGCUGAAGUCCAGCCGCGGGCGCUACCUGACCCCGGUGCUGGAGCGCUCGCGCUCGGGCGACGCGGAUACCUUCUCCGGCGUGGCGGCCGAUGCCGAUGCCGCCGGCUCGCUGCAAGAAUGGCGCCCCCUUUUCAUGGACAACCCCACUACCGUAGAUGGGGAUGACGCCGGCGCGGGUGCCGGCGCAGCCGGCUCCGGCGGGGUCAGUCGCUUCUCCGAUCGCGUGCUCGUCCUGCGCGGUGGCGAUUCGGCCGCCCGGUGCCUGGCGGUCGAUAGCCGGGCCUUGCGCGCUCGGCUGGCCCCCUCGCCGCUGGUGCUGCAGGCGUCCGACGAUGAGCCCGCCGGGGCCGGCGACCUGCGCGCCGCCCUGGAUGACGUCCUCUUCCGGCCGUAUGUGCAGGCCCCGCGCCGGGCGGCUCUGCGCCGCCGCGCGCGUCUCAUCGCCGAGGGCGUCCUCACCGAGGCCAUGUCCGAGGCCGACCUGCAGAGCUCGCUCGGCGCGGCCGGCGCCACCGGCGCCGGAGCCGGGCUCCUGCAAUUCGAGCAGGACAGCCUGCGCAAGAGCCAGAGCCGCGGCGCGGUCCUCGGGCCCUCCUUCACCUCGGCCGCCGAGCAGCGCCAGUCGUCGCGCGAGCUGCGCAAGGCCCAAAAGGCUGGCCGCCUGGCCGAGGCCCUCCUCGACCGGCGGUCCAAAGCCAAGUCCGACCGGUUCUGCAUGUGAGGCGCCGAUCGCGCCGAUCGGCCCCCACGUGACCGGCCCGCUGGGGCGUACCGCCCCCGGCCCCUGUGUCUUCUGCUGCAGCCGCUCGGCCUCCGCCUGCCUCCCCUGCUUUUGCCCCCUUGCGUGGGGACGUGCCUGACAUUCCCCCCCCCGGCCGGGGGAGAGGAGGGCGGCUGGGCGCGGCGCGAGCCGGCGGGGCCCGGCCGACAUCGAUAAAAUAAAAAACAGUAAUACCCCCCCCCCCCCA